AUGUCAAAUAAAGAAGAAGAAAAAGAAAAAGAAAGAUUUAGUGAAGAAUACAUUGAAAACGCAAAAACUCAAAUUAAUAAAUUAUUUUUUGAUAGAAUUGGUGGAUUAAUUGGAUUCUCUGAUCAAGAUAACAAUCAAGAUAUAAAUCAUAAAAAUACAUUAAAUUUAAACUAUCAAGAACGUGAAGAAGAAGAUGAUGAUGAAGAAGAAACAACUCAAACUGUAAAUGUAUAUUCAACUAUUGGUAUUAAUAAUAAUAAUAACAUCAAUAAAACCUUUAAAAUAAAUGAUAACGAAACCAUUAUAAUUAAUAAUAAUAAUAAUGAUAAUGAUAAUAAUAAUAAAGAGAAAGAAGAUAAUGAUGAAAAAGAAUAUCAAAGAAUUAAAUCUGAAUAUAUUAAAAUUUCAAAAAGAUAUUUUGAAUUAAAAGAAAAAAGAAUAAUUAAAAAAAGGAAUAAAGAAUAA